UUCUUGGGGCAACAGGUGAGCUAGGAACCCAGAUAGUCAACCAAGCUCUCGAUGCCUCGUACCACGUGAUCGCUUUGAAGAUGAUAAUUGAAAGCAUGGUUAAAAAUAAAGUUAGAAGAUUGAUUGCCAUCACUGUGCAAGGCAUUAGAACAAUUAGUGGUAUGGAUUCUUCUAACAGUUCAAGUAGCUCCAGUUCUAGCAACAUUAGCAAUAACGAGCACGAUAUCGAGGGCUAUCCGAUGUCACCAGUAACCUCAACGUCCACACAAAUUCCAGUGAUCUCAAAAGGGUUACAAAGGAUUUUUAGUAAAAUUUUUCCAAAUAAGAUUCUCAACGAUAAGGAACCACAGGAACGAUCAUCUUGGAAAAUAGUGAUUUCAUUGACCGGUGUUUAUAGAAUAAUGGAUAACAAUGAUGUCUGGAAAAACGAGAAAAGGGGUCAAACGAAUUCGAAAAAAAACUCGGUCAAGAUAUCGAGAGCCGAUGUGGCUCAUUUCAUUAUGAGCGAGAUACAGUACAAUGCAAUCGAUGGGUGGGAAAACUUUGAUAAUUGA